GGGACAUCCAUCACCAUCACCAUCGCCAUGAUCGUGAUGAAUCCAUCCUCGAGGUACCAAUGACAUAUCGCUAAGCGAUUGAAGAGUGCGCCAUGCACUGCAUGGAUCAAUCCCCUCCUCCAUUGUGCUUGGAUACCACAAGAUUGGCGACGCCGCCUCCAACAAUAGACGAAUCCUACCAAGCCCUCAUACCUACAAUCCUUGCGCGCACCAGCCUGCGAUUACGGCAGUUUCUCUCGCACUCAGUCUCCUCUGGCUCCAGAGAAGAGGAUGUCUGGGGGUGCGAAAAUACAAAAGAUUGCGAGCAAGGCCUGUCCUUGGCCUCGCCGGCUUGGGCUCGCCGGGAUCCGGUUUUAUCUCAGAUCUGGACUUGCACACAUCCUCUCGACUUAGAAAAGGGAGAAGCCAGGUUUCUGCAGGGUCAAACUCCUACACCUGGCUCCAUCAGCAGUUUUACAAGCGGCGAAAGUGAAAGUUGUAGUGACCCCGAGUCGUCCGAAACUACAGUUCCCGAUAUCGACGGUCCAGAAGAAGAUACUACUGCGAAACGGAUAAAGUCUGGUGCGCCAGAGAACUACGAACAGUAUGCAGCCAAGAUGACCUUUAUGAAGACCUUUUCAACUCAGACAUCACGCUUUGGAAUUCCUGCACUUUCAAAAAGCCCUCCUACGUCACAUUCCGCUCCAGCAGAUGACGGUUUCAUGCCGAGUUUUUCCAAAAGGAAACGUAGCGAUGUCGAAGACAUGGGUGAGGGCGAUGUAAAAAAGGCAAGGCUGGCCGCAACGAACAGCACACUCCAACUAUUCUCGAGGGAUUGGCGAAAGGCAGACUACGGCCCAAAGCGCAUACGCCCAAGGCAAAGCACGCCUUCAUCGCGGAAGAAACUUUUGCCUUUCAACGCCUGUGUGGACGUACACUGAUGAAUGCCGUCACCCGUCAAGAGAAAGUGAAUAUAAUUAUUUAAGCAGCUCUUCUUAUACCAUCGACAUCCAAAAUAAUCACCCAAUUCCGCUAGGUGAUCGGAUACAGUCUGAGGCACACUUUCUCCUUGGUCGAGUCUCUUCUACUUGGCCGUCACUGCAUGCGCUGCCAUGGCAACUCGCAGCGAUCGCGGUGACAGACCUCAGAGCCUGGAUACAACUAUGAUACUGCCAUUCAUUGGAUCACUCAAGGAAGAUAUGGCAGGAACUUUUGAGCAAAGAAUACCCAAAGAACGGGGGUGUAACGCCGGAGCACUAGCCAGGGUCUGGUCUCAUCGACAUUCCGAGCAAGACAGGCCUUUGAAUCACUGCUAGUGCAAGUUUACCACAUCGGUACGGCGUGUCAAGAUGGCAAUGGUACUGGCCUGCUUCAACAGCCGAACGGAGGGUAUUGGCUAUAGCAUCGGGAUAUGAAAAACCUGCCGAGGGCGAAUACCAUGCGAGUGUUUGAGCUGUGCAAAUCCAGACGACUCCAGGCUUGGAGAAGAGUAGCAUGGCGGAAUGCACUGCUUCGCAACUAUAUCCAUAUUUUAUGUGGCUCCGGCGUCGGUAUAACUGGGUCUUCCCAAGAGACUUCCCAUCAUGACAGCGUUUAUCCAACCGAAUGGACCGUUCCAUCCAAUGGGGUCUAGACCACAGACAGAUGUGACUAAGCCGCCGCAUCGAGCUCUACCACUACCGGUGACCAAUACUCCACCCAUCACCACAUCCAUGAUCGCCAGAUGUUUCUGCAUGGCAGCCAUCCGCACACCGGCCUGAAAGCGAGGAUGGACCGCCAUGAGCCGAACUUGUGAUUCUUCAUCUGGAAGAAUUCUAUCAGCCAGGAAAAGGAACCAUCGGCUAAACGACUCGAACGCGCCGUUGAUUACGGCUAACCCGGUUACUAUCCUGGCCUUGGUAUUUUCACCUUCCCGUUUCGAUAAGCUGUUGCUGGGCUGCUGAUCUGGGGGACGACAUUAAUUGGACACGACUUUCGGCCAGAACAGGGUAAGAUCUGUUAUUGUGAAUAUUGCGGAUUCUUUGUCGCAGAUACGCGGAGGAUAUAGCUCAAAAGCUCUGUUCACCGAGCCUCCGUCUCACACAGGACCAGUUCAUCUCCAACCGUACCAGAUUUCUACUUCCACGUUUUGCGCGGCCUCAUAAUGAUACAAUCCCAAUGCCUACUCCGGAUUUGGCCGUUGUGUAAGCAAAGGGCGUCCAAUCAAGGUUAGGCAGGAAUGCCAGAGUGGGCCGAAGCAAAGCCCUUACUACAGCUCAAACCGAAGCUCGCAAAGAACAGGUGCGGUGAAGCGAGAAACUAGAGGUUCUGGAGGAGUUUCGAGACCAGAAACAUAGAAGAUAGCUAGGUAGGAGAUCCAAAGAAGACUGGAAGACUCAAGCUCUUGGAUUGAGAUCUGAGUUAAAUCAACUGGUGCCAUUGUUCAUAUCGAUAGAGUGCAACAUCAUAAAUAUAC